AUCCGGAUUCCGGCCGGCCCCGUCCUUGCCGACGAGCUGCCUACCGUGCCCCGCAUCCUCGGUAGAGCACCUGCGAUCGGACCCUUGUUGCGUCGCCCUUCCCCCCCCCCUCUCCUCGCCCGCCAUCCGCGACAGUCCUCUCUCUUCAACAGCAUCACGACCUCCGAAGCGUCUUCCAAAAUGUCGACUGGAUCUAGCGAUUCCGGCACUCAAACGCCCUCGGCGACCGUGGAGCAACCGAACCUCAAUGGCGCUCAGCAGUCCUACACUUUUCCAACCGAAAAGCUGAAGCGCCGCCAAACACAGCCUGGGAAGACACCCCUCGUGCUGGUGGCCUGCGGGUCGUUCUCUCCAAUAACCUUCCUCCACCUCCGCAUGUUCGAGAUGGCAAGCGACUUUGUCCGGUUCAACACCGACUUCGAAGUGUGCGGCGGAUAUCUGUCACCGGUCAGCGACGCUUACAAGAAGGUGGGGCUAGCGCCCGGCGUCCACCGGGUCAAUAUGUGCGCGAGAGCCGUCGAGCAGUCGUCCUGGCUCAUGGUCGACCCGUACGAGACGGUCAAUUGUGACGAAAAGGGGGAGCCGCGAUACGUGCCGACCGCCAAGGUCUUGCGCCACUUUGAUUACGAAAUCAAUGAAGUGCUCGGAGGUAUCGAGGGCACAGAUGGGCAGAGAAAGAAGGCUCGGAUUGCGCUUCUGGCUGGCGCCGACUUGGUCAUGUCUAUGGGUGAGCCUGGGCUUUGGGCACCAAAGGAUCUCGAUACGAUCCUCGGCCAGUACGGCGCUUUCAUCAUCGAGCGCUCCGGGACGGAUAUCGACGAGGCUCUCGCCUCCCUCAGGCAGUAUGAGCACAACAUUUGGGUGAUCAGCCAGGUCAUCCAGAACGACAUCAGCUCUACUAAGGUUCGGCUGUUCUUGAAGAAGGACCUUAGUGUCAGGUACCUGAUUCCGGAUCCCGUCGUCGAGUACAUCGAGGAACACGGCCUGUUUUCGGAACCCAGCGCGAACAAGUCUAGGAGCCGGACACCGGAUGUUGCUUCUGGGCCUUCAGACAACAAGCCUACCAAGGGCUGAAUAGGCUUGAACACUCGAAGACAAGCCGACCUCAAAGAGAGACAGAUGCACACAAUUAUAGAGCGGGCGAUUGUGACCCGC